CGCCGCGACGCAUGUCCAGCAUUUCCAUGUCCCUGGUUUUUACAGAGCUGGUUAUGUUUGAGGUGGGUCUCGGGAUGAAUCUGAGUUUGCCGGCCCCAGAGGGAGGAACUGCAUCUCCAGGCAGGGGGAGCUGCAGGUGCAAGGACACAGAUCUGGGCAAGGCAGGGGUUUGGGUUCGUGACAGGUGACAGGCUAGGGGAUGGGGGGGGGUGGCGGUGCAGGAGAUGAUUCUUGGCAGGUGAGCGGGGCCUCUGAACAGUCAGUGGAAUUGCCCAUCUUGGGUCUAGGCAGAAAGCUGACAGCUUUCUUGAGUAAAACCCUUGCUCCCUGACCAUGCAGAGGAUUUGGGUGUUUUGAGGUGGGGCAAGGGUGAACCAGCCAGUCUUUGAGCCCUGGGGUGCUGGGUGAGUCGCUGUGCUGACUUUGUAAGGCAAGGACCUACGUGAAAUGCAGCAGUAUCAGCCUCUCAGUAGUGUGGAGAUCGAGAUCCCGAAUGAGGCAGCGGCUUGGAAUUAGAAGCCUUGAUGGCUCUUCAUUAGUCCUGCUUGUGUUUCUUAAGGAAGAAGGUAAGAAAAAGUGCAGAAGCUUGGGCUCCCAGAGAUACAGGAAAAGGGGGGCAUUGAGACUGAGAAGUGAGGAAGAGAGUAGGGUGCCACGUUUGAGAGAACGUGCUGGAGUGGCAGAGUGCAGGGAAUCAAGUCAGAGUGUGGAUCUCCAGAGCAGCCUGGGUAUUCUGAGGUGCCUUUAGCUGCCUCUGUGGCCCAUGACAGUGAGGGGGAGGAAGAGAAGAGAAAGAGCCUCACAUAGGGGCACCAGGGUGGCUGGAGUGAGGCUAGAAGGCAGUGUGGCCCAGUAGAGAACAGCUGGAGAGGCAAACAGCCCUGAAUUCUGUCUCCAUUCUGGAACUUUGGGGGCAGUGGUUCUCUGAGCCUGUUUCUUCUAUAAAAUGAAUCUGAUCCACUCCUCAUAGGCUGUGAGGCAUAUACAAAGUUUAAUAUAGGUAAAGUGCCUGCCAAAGGCUCAGUCAAUAGAUGGUAGUUGUACUUCUUAUCAAGGGUUGACGACCUCUGACAGAGGGCCUGCUGUGGGAAAGGAGGGUACCUAGAGUCCGGAUCGUUGUUUGGGCCACAAGGAUGAAAAGGGAAAACUUGCAGAGACUCACGAAAAAGAAGAAAGGAUGAAGAGACAUGAAAAAUUGAUGGCUGAUCCCUUGUAUCUUUGAGUUAGUGACCUUCGAGGAUGUGGCCGUCUACUUCUCUGAGAACGAGUGGACAAGCCUGGCCCCCACUCAGAGGGUCCUGUACAGGGAUGUGAUGCUGGAGAAUUAUGGGGCUGUGGCUUCCCUGGCAGCAUUUCCAUUUCCUAAACCGGCUCUGAUUUCCCAGCUGGAACGAGGGGAAGCACCCUGGUGCAAAGCUCCUCAGGGAGCUCUGGAUGGAGAGGGCCCGAGGGGCAUCUCCUCAGGAUGUCCAUUUCUAAAGCCUGCUGGGAUCUCCCAUCUUGAGCAGGUAGAAGAACCAUUGAACCUGAAACUGCAAGGAGAGGGUCCAAGCCUAAUCUGUACUGAGAGUGUGUUGAAGAGUGAGAAAGAAGAUUUUGCUCUGAAGGAGGAACAUUGUGAGGAGGCAAAGGACCACAUGGUGGUAUCACGCAGACCUCGGUGGUAUGGUUCCCAGGAAUUCUGGUUUGGAAAAACCUGUGAGGAGUUAAAAAGCAGGUUAGGGAGAUGGUCUGACUACUCAAAUGGGAGAAGUGUGGAGAACACUGCAAAUGAUAUUAUAGAAGUGAUUGUCAAAGAUGAGAUGGUGUCAGGAGAAGAUAGUUCAGAGAACAUUGAUGUGAGUACCCACCUUGUUAUCCAUCAGAAAAUUCUCAGUCAGCAGGUGUUCUAUAUAUGUGAAGAAUGUGGCAAGUGUUUUGAUCAAAAUGAAGACUUUGACCAACAUCAGAGAAUUCAUAAUGGAGAGAAGGUCUAUGGAUGUAAGGAAUGUGGGAAGACAUUCAGUUUUAGAUCACAUUGCAUUGCACAUCAGAGAAUUCACACCGGGGUGAAACCCUACGUGUGUCAACAAUGUGCUAAAGCCUUUGUUUGGAAAUCAAACCUGAUUCGGCACCAGAGAAUACAUACCGGAGAGAAACCCUUUGAAUGUAAGGAAUGUGGGAAGGGCUUUAGUCAGAACACAAGCCUUACACAACAUCAGCGAAUCCAUACUGGGGAGAAACCAUAUACAUGUAAGGAAUGUGGGAAAAGCUUUACUCGGAACCCAGCCCUACUUCGACAUCAGAGAAUCCACACUGGGGAGAAGCCUUAUGAAUGCAAGGACUGUGGGAAAGGCUUCAUGUGGAACUCUGAUCUUGCUCAGCACCAGAGAGUCCACACGGGGGAGAAGCCCCAUGAAUGUACGGACUGUGGGAAAAGCUUUAUCUGCAAGGCACACCUUAUCCGACAUCAGAGAAUCCAUACUGGGGAAAGACCCUAUAAAUGUAAUGACUGCGGGAAGGCCUUCAGUCAGAAUUCCGUUCUGAUUAAGCACCAGAGGCGCCAUGCUAGAGAGAAACCCUGCAAUUGUCUAACCUCUCACUUCCUUGAACAUUAGCAAACACAUAAUAGCGGUACUUGUUUGUAAUUCUUAUGCACCAGGUACUCCGGACACAAAACGAGGUGGUUGUCCACAGUUUGUUUUAACUCUAGUUGCCAGUAUUAUCUUGCCCCUUCUGAACAGAUUCCCCUUGAUCUAGCAAGACUGGUCGUCCUGUUCUACCACGUUCAUGCUAGGCAAAUUUUAGUUGAGUGUCUGCUCUGUGAGAUACUAUGCUAACCACUUUACAUACAAUCUUUAGUUUCUCUUAAUCCUGUUCAUGUGGGUACUCCUCAUUUUACAAAUGAGAAGUCUGGGGUUGAAAGAAGUUAUAAAACUCAUUCAAGGUCACUUAGCUAAUGUGUUAUGGAAUUGAGAUUGGAAGCAGGUCUACCUGACUCUAGAUUUACUGUUCUUUAUUUGUGCACAUUUCUGCUUCUGCUCAUUUCUAUUUGCUCAAGUUUCCCUAGGCUAAAAAUUUCCCUUCCUCAUCUAAGACCCAGCUCUGUCAGCCAAACAGAUCUCUCUUCCUCUUCUAUUUGUCAUCAGUACUGUCCAAACUGGUAUUUCACUAUGUGCUGUCUUAGAUUCUAAUGUCUUAUGUAAGUCCAGCUAAAUGGCUCUUUGAGGACCAACACUGUAUUUCUUUUAUGUUUUUCAAAUUUUGAAACGUAUUUAUUUUCGACUAGCUAUAACAUGCUCAUGAUAAAAAAAAAGUUGAAAUAGUUCAAAAAGGUGUUUAAUGAAAAGUAAAUCUCCCAGUCUACCUUCUCAGAGACAGCCACUUUUACUGGUUUUGUGUGUUCCUGGAUGUAUUCUUUUUAUAUACAAGUACUCAGCUUUCAUAAAUCUACCUCACUGAAAACCAUAUUUGCUGUAGAUGACAGUGCAGUUACAUUGCCAACUCCAGAACUUUCUGUCUUCCUCUGAGGUUGUGGUCCACCUUGAGGUCACCAAGGUAAUUAAGGAAAGUAGUGGAGGGUAGUCUGAGAUGUGCAAUCUUGAGAGACCUGAUUCCUCUUGUGUUAGAAGAUAGCAUUGUGGAAAAUGUAGACUUUUGUUUUGUUUUCAUAAAAAUGUGUAUAGCUA